AUGGAAGAGUCGCGUUCGAGCCCGCCUAACGUGCAAAAACAAUACGUUGUGCUGGAUCAAGUCUGAAAAUCGCUGAAAAUCCGCAAAAAUCGCACAACUUUGCAGACAUUCGUAGUUUUCGAUAUCGAUCAGCCGAAGAACGCGUGUCAAAAACUGAGAUUGAAUCGUUUAGCCGGCGUCGGACCGAUUUAUUGGAGAUUUCAAGUGAAGUGGACAGGGCGGAGGCGAAAAAAUCGAUAAUUUGCAGACAAAUGCUCCGACGCGCUACAUUGUGAGCCCGAAUCACGGAAUUUUGCGCGACGACGAGCCCGUCGAGGUGACGGUGACUUUGUGGCAAAAUCGUUUUCGUCCACGUCACGAGCUCUUCUUGCAAGCGGCUCCCGUUGCCGAAGGAUUCGAUCCCAAGGUUGUUGUGUGUGUGUUGCAAGUGCGCUCUACUGUUAACGCGGACUAGUUUUUGCAGUUUUAGCGCACAAGCGCGGCCCGAAAUUCUAGAUCCAUUUGCAGACCCUGUUCGAGACGGUCCACGAGAUGCAAGUGACGUACCUGGACCUCGGGACUACCGUAAUGAAAAUCGAGUCGGCGGUGGAGAGCCAAAAGUCGGUGACCGACCUGACGCAGGCCCUCGACGCGACCGCCACCACCGGCCGCGACCGUCUCGACCAACUGCAAUGUGAGUUCGGAUUACUGUAGUAGCGUCGUAAGAUGCAAUGUCCCCCCGUCUGCAGCCAUCCUCAAUCUGGCCGUCUGCGAUACGGAGCAAAUUGCCGCCAAUAUCAGCCAGGCGAAACAGCUCAAAGUGACCCUCGACGCGCAGUUGGAGCAAAAGUGAGCGCAAAAGUGGUCAUGAAACAUUAGAAAAACUGUGAACUCCUAGAAUAGCUCUGGUGGCCGAGUACAAGUCGAAAUUGACAGUGUUGGAGAGCAGUUAUAUGCGUAAAAGUGCGGAGGUGAGUACGCCACUGGCUCCUCCCCAAGGAAAGUCGGCAAUUUGGUGUGUUUUAAGGUGAACCGCCUGCAAAACGAGCUGCUCAAUCAGCACAAAAUGAAUGCGAUGAAGGCGUCGACGGCGGCGAAAAACGUUCAGAAUUGCACUAUUUCGUGA